GGUCCCGCCCCCUCACCGGAAGGAGGCGUUUCCCGGAGCAACAGACAGAUCCAGAUCUCGAGUUUGGUGGCGGGAAAGGCCAUGAGUAAAAGCCGGGCCGAAGCUGCGGCUGGAGCCCCCGGGAUCGUCCUAAGGUACCUGCAGGAACAAAACCGGCCCUACAGCGCCCAGGACGUGUUCGGGAACCUGCAGAAGGAACAUGGACUGGGCAAGGCGGCGGUGGUGAAGGCACUCGAUCAGCUGGCCCAGCAAGGCAAGAUCAAAGAGAAGACGUACGGCAAGCAGAAGAUAUAUUUUGCCGAUCAGGACCAGUUUGACACAGUGAGUGAUGCGGACCUCCACAGUCUGGAUGCCAGUAUCAUGGCCCUCACUGCCAAGGUGCAGGGCUUACAGCAGAGCUGCCGGCACAUGGAGGCUGAGCUGAAGGAAUUAACAAGUGCGCUGACCACUCCUGAGAUGCAGACAGAGAUUCAGGAGUUGAAGAAGGAGUGUGCUCGCUACACAGAGAGACUGAAGAACAUCAAAGCAGCUACCAACCAUGUCACUCCAGAGGAGAAGGAGAAGGUGUACAGGGAGAGACAGAAGUACUGUAAAGAGUGGAGGAAGCGGAAGAGGAUGACCACAGAGCUGUGCGAUGCGAUCCUUGAAGGUUACCCCAAGAGCAAGAAGCAGUUCUUCGUAAGUGACUUUCCCCUCUUGCUCCCCUGGGAUCUUUGCCCAGAGAAUUCUUCACUGCUUUCCUUUCACAGGAGGAAGUUGGGAUAGAGACAGAUGAAGAUCAUAAUGUUACGCUCCCAGACCCCUGAGGGGCCCUUGAUGGAGGUGGGAACAGACCGUCCUGCUUUGGCCACCUUAUUGAGGUGACCUUUUUAUUCUUGCUGUUCUCCACCUUUGAGCAGUGGACAGAGGAGCACAGAGGCAUAGUGUUAAGCAGAGGCUGCUGGUUAGAAAGGGACGGUCACAAUCAUUUUGCACAGGCCUCAACAAGGACUUGUAACAAUCCUAAA